CAGUAGACUUUAAACAUCAAGAGGACUCGACAGGAACUGAAAGAAGAAGACUAAAAGCCGCUCCAAGAUCGGUUUGAAUGAACAACCAGCUUCGAUAGUUUGUUCAUUUGUUUUGUCCAACUGGUUUGUUUGGGUUUCUUGGACUUGUAUCCUGCUGUGUGCCGUUAUAAUGUCCGGGAUACCUCCAGACACAUGGCAGCCGCCCACCGUGGCUUUGGAGACCACGAUGGGGACGGUUCUGGUGGAGCUUUACUGGAACCAUGCCCCAAAAACCUGCAAGAACUUCGCAGAGCUGGGCAGGAGAGGCUACUACAACAACACCAAGUUUCACCGGAUUAUCAAAGACUUCAUGGUGCAGGCGGGGGAUCCUACAGGAACAGGUCGAGGCGGUGCCUCCAUUUAUGGUAAACAGUUUGAGGAUGAACUUCACCCGGACCUGAAAUUUACAGGCGCUGGAAUUCUGGCCAUGGCCAACGCGGGACCAGACACCAACGGAAGUCAGUUCUUCCUCACCCUCGGACCCACGCAGUGGCUGGACGGGAAGCAUAGUAUUUUUGGAAGAGUGUGCCAAGGCAUGGGAGUGCUAAACCGGAUUGGGCUGGUGGAGACAAACAGUCAAGAUCGUUCGGUCGAUGAUAUUAAAAUUGUCAGAGUCACUUUACCUAAUUAGACUCUUUUUAAUUUGUAUUUUUUUAUUGCUUUGGAAAAUAAAUAUUAAAACUUCACAAAAGUU